CGGGGCCUGGACAUGGCGGUCGCAGGCAGCUGGCAGCCUCCCCGGCCGUGCGAGGUCUACCGCGCCGAGUGGGAGCUCUGCCGCAGCGUCGGGCACGUCCUACACCACUACUACGUCCACGGCAAGCGGCCGGAUUGCAGGCAGUGGCUCCGCGACCUGACUAACUGCCUCGAGUGGGAGGAGAACCGCAGCGCCGAGGCCCAGCGAUCCCUCUGUGAGAGCGAGCAGGUUCGGGUCCAGGCUGCUCAGAAGCACACCUUGGUAUGGGCCUUGAGGCAAAGGCCCCCUACGGACUGGAACCUCCCUCUACCACAGGAGAAGGACAAGUGACAAGCAACUGCAACCCUGCCCUUGACCUAGACUUUGACUGGCUCUUACUUGACCUGGAACACAGAGCAAAGCAUUUCCAGCCCUAAUUGCCUGCUGCCCCCUGGAUCUGGGCGUAUCACCACUGCAAUACUGUGAAAGACAACCUGUGCGCACAUGCAGGAAGCCAAGCACUGAGGCAGGUGUCUGUGAGCACUCAGCUGCAUCCUGUCCAUGCAAUCUCCCCUGAGAACAUCGUCACCAGAGGUGGCAGCCGAGAGUUGUGAGGAUCCAGGGCACAGUGGCAGCCCCGACUUGUGAGGAUCCAGGGCACAGUGGUUAGAAUAAGGUUGCUAGACUACCUUACUCUGAUUGUGAAUGACCUCCUUGGCCAUGAGAGGUGGACUGCAGUGUCUUGUUUAGUGACUAUCGUGGUAUGAAAGUGCCGAGCUCAUGCUUGCUCAGCUUCCCUGGAGACACGGUAGAGCAUGCUUGUCCUCUGCACCAGCACCUUUUACUGGUUUGCAGACUUAGAAAGAAAGAAAGAAAGAAAGAAAGAAAGAAAGAAAGAAAGAAAGAAAGAAAGCAAGCAAGCAAGCAAGC